GUCCCGCUCCUCCCGGAACUUUCCACUGGCGUCUCAUGGAGGGCUGGCCUUGGCACAAUAUAGCGAGUCUGGGCAAGUGGUGAGGGGCCAGGCUCAAAAGCCGGUGCCCCCACCGGUGCAGCCAUAUGCCCCGCCAAGCGGCGCGUAUGAGUUGGACCCACCGGGCCCGCCGCCGUACCCUUCGCAGCCGCCGCCUCCCAUGGCGCCGCUGCCGCCGGCACCCUUCGUGCCGCCGCCGCCUGUGGUACCCGAGGCGGCCCCUCCGCACUCGCAGAUGCAGCUAAUGCAGCAGGAGUAUCAGAUGCAGCCGGCACAGUUUCAGCCGGCCCAGCCACAUCACGAACCUCAGAUGCACUCGCAGCUCACGCAGUGGCAGCCAGAGAUGCAGUUGCAGUCAGUGCAUCAUGCCCAGCAUGGGCAGCAUGUGCAGGCGGUACAGCCAGCACAGCCAACAUACUCAGAUUAUCAGAUGCAGCCGUCGCAGCCAUGGCAGCCAAUCCAGCACAUGCAGCCAAUACAGCCAAUGCAGCAAGAAGAUCCAAUGCAGCAGUCCCAGCUGUCGCAGCCCUCUCAGCUGUCGCAGCCAUCGCAGCUGUCGCAGCCAUCGCAGCUGUCGCAGCCAUCGCAGCUGUCACAGCCAUCGCAGCGGUCGCAGCAAUUGCAGCGGUCGCAGCAAUCGCAGCGGUCACAGCCCACACAGCAGACACAGCAAGCACAAUCAGUUGAUUUGCAGCAGAGGCUGUCGCACCCCGCAUGGGUGGACCCUGCAGAUGCGCCUUCGCAGCAGGCGCCGGCCAGAGACCGGGCUCGCUCGGAGCCCAGGCUCCAGCGCAACGCUGGCACCAUGACGGCAGAGAGCCCGG